ACGUUCAUUCUAUACGAGUGGGAGGUACACGGCUGCGCGCCUCGAAGCAGCACCGGUGCGCAGUGAGUUGACACAUCCGCUAGACUUGCGCGUGUCGGUCAAGGCGACCUCUGGCUAAAUUACGUAAUUCCACCACAAAAUCAAGUGAAUUCUUGGGUGUGUUCGAAAAAUAAUUCCAAGCCCAACAGUCCGCGUAAAACCUCCCUUACCUAUAGUCGUUGCAUCCUUUCCGCAAUCAUAAAGUGGCUUUAGUAUAUUCAUUGCAAUGAAUUAUAAACUUAAAGUUACAAUUCCAGUGGUGGUUUGCGGUGGCGCCGUUCUUGCCUAUUACCUCAUCAGGAGAAAAGCCGCAGCAAUGGUGGACGCCGCAACUAUUGAGAAAUUGGAAGCUGGCUUCAGCAAGCUCCAAGCUUCUGAGUCUAAGUCACUGCUGAAGAAGUACCUCACCAAGGAAGUAUUCGAAGCUCUCAAGAACAAGAAGACCUCCUUUGGCUCAACCCUGUUGGAUUGCAUCCAGUCAGGCAUUGAGAACUUGGACUCUGGUGUUGGAAUCUAUGCCCCUGAUGCUGAGGCAUAUGUUGUGUUCGCUGACCUGUUUGACCCCAUCAUUGAGGACUAUCACAAUGGAUUCAAGAAAACUGAUAAGCACCCAGCCAAGAACUGGGGUGAUGUUGAAACCCUUGGCAACUUGGACCCGGCUGGCGAGUUCGUCAUCUCUACCCGCGUCCGUUGUGGUCGCUCGAUGGAGGGAUACCCCUUCAACCCCUGCUUGACUGAGGCCCAGUACAAGGAGAUGGAAGACAAAGUUUCCUCUACUCUCGCUGGCUUGGAAGGUGAACUCAAGGGAACCUACUACCCUCUCACCGGCAUGUCAAAGGAAACUCAACAACAACUCAUCGAUGACCACUUCUUGUUCAAAGAGGGUGACCGUUUCCUCCAGGCUGCCAACGCUUGCCGAUACUGGCCCACUGGCCGUGGUAUCUACCACAACGUCGACAAGACUUUCUUGAUCUGGUGCAACGAAGAGGAUCACUUGCGCAUCAUCUCCAUGCAGAAGGGUGGUGACUUAAAGCAAGUUUACAAGAGGCUUGUGACUGCUGUCAAUGACAUUGAGAAGAGGAUUCCAUUCUCGCACAAUGAUAGGCUCGGUUUCCUCACCUUCUGCCCAACCAACUUGGGAACAACUGUUCGUGCGUCAGUACACAUCAAGCUGCCCAAACUGGCGGCGGAUAAGGCUAAGCUGGAGGAGGUUGCGGCCAAGUAUCACUUGCAGGUCCGCGGAACCCGCGGUGAGCACACUGAGGCCGAGGGUGGUAUCUACGAUAUCUCCAACAAGCGCCGUAUGGGCUUGACCGAAUACCAGGCCGUCAAGGAGAUGUACGAUGGCAUCGCUGAACUGAUCAAAAUCGAGAAGUCUCUGUAAGAUGUUGUUCGAUCUCGCGUUAUCAGUAUUUUUUUUUGUAUUAUUUAUCGUUUUCAUGUAAGUAUUGGAUAUGGUGGGUCGGCGGGCGACACUAGUCAGCGGCGCCCCACAGGGGCGUCCGGGCACGCGGGCGGCCCAAUAUACUGUUUUUCGUAAAAGUAUUUUCUAUAAGGAAAUGGAAAAUAAAGACAGCUAGCGUUAAGACCAAAA